CCGGCGGCCAGUCUAAUCUCAGCAGGCAUAUACAAUCUUGUUGCUGGUGAAAUCACUGAGUUGAGGUGACAUAUUGACGAUAAUGAGCAAUAGGGAUAUUUUGAUUUCUUUGCAGUGUUUUGCUACUAAUUUUCAGGGGUGCUGGGAAAUUCUGUUUUCGCAAGCCAUUAGCCCUAUCUCGGGGGUCCGUGCGUCGUGGCAACCCCCUUGGAAAUAUGCGAGCUACUAAACAAAGCUUUCUCGGCAUCGUUUCCACCCAAAAAUUUGUCUUGGGACUGGGAGCAACCGGGGCUGGGAAUUAUUCAGGCAGCUGAAUUAAUACCUGGCGAUUUGAAGUUCUGUUCGCCUGACUGCUUCAAUAUCUGCCCGUGAGGACAAGAACAUCACCACCUGAUGUUACCGCGAAGAUGCCCGGAACCAAACCUACCAUGAAUGGCAACAAUCUCACUCUCGACACUGACGAGAAAACCGACUAUUCGAGAUGGAGACUGCGCGAUGACCGUGGUCGACAAACUUGGCAUUAUUUGAAGACUGACGAGGAAUUGAAGGCGUGGCCGCAGUCCAUUCCGGACAAGUACCAUCUUGGACUCCCGACCGGUCUUCCUGAUCUCCCUCCCGCGAAGACACCGCUGGACGCAGCAUCCAAUGGCCUUUCCUUCUUUUCAAAACUUCAACUCGAGCCUGGAAAUUGGGCCUGCGAGUAUGGCGGGCCCAUGUUCCUUCUACCGGGCUUGAUCAUCACCUGGUAUGUUACCGGCACUCCGAUUCUUCCUGAGUACGCCGUUGAGAUCAGGCGGUAUUUAUUCGCACGGCAGCACCCAGAAGAUGGAGGUUGGGGUUUACAUAUCGAAGGCCACAGCUCUGUCUUUGGAACCAGCAUGAACUACGUCGCACUGCGCAUCCUGGGCGCCAGCGCGGAGGAUCCGAGAAUGAUUAAGGCUCGUGGCAUGUUACAUAAACUUGGUGGUGCCUUAUACGCUCCCCAUUGGGCCAAAUUUUGGCUCAGCGUCUUAGGAGUCAUGCAAUGGGAUGCUGUCAACCCUGUUCCACCAGAACUCUGGCUGCUUCCGGAUUGGGUCCCAUUUGCGCCAUGGAGAUGGUGGAUCCAUAUGCGUCAAGUGUUUCUUCCCAUGACAUACAUAUAUUCAAAAAAAUUCAGCCACCCAGUGGAUGAUCUCACUCGACAACUCAGCGAGGAAAUUUACACUCAGCCGUACACGUCCAUCAAUUUUGCUUCUUAUCGUGGCGCUAUUGCCGAUGCGGAUAACUAUUACCCAAAACAUUGGCUAUUAAACCUCCUUUUCUGGAUACUUGCGAAUGUGUGGAGUGUCCUCAGAUGGCCCUCCUUAGUCAAACGCGCAGAAGGCUGGGUCUGGGAGCUAAUUACCAUGGAAGAUCGAAACACCGAUUAUGCUGGCCUUGGGCCUGUUAAUGCACCGAUGAACACAAUUUGUUGUUUCAUACAUGAUGGACCUGAGAGUUAUAGCUUCCAUCGUCAUCUUGACCGAUUGCACGACUACAUGUGGAUGAAAGACGAAGGCAUGCUCAUGAACGGCACGAAUGGAGUACAAGUCUGGGAUACAUCAUUUAUAGUCCAGGCGAUCGAUGUUGCGGGCUUUGCUGAUGACCCAAAGUGGGGCUCCAUGCUUCUCAAAGCAUUGGAGUUUUUGGAGGAUCAUCAGAUGACAGAAAAUGUGCCGCAACAAGAGCGCUGUUACCGCCAUCGCACUAAAGGCGCGUGGCCCUUCAGUACCAAAACCCAGGGAUACACUGUCAGUGACUGUACUGCGGAGGGACUUCGUGCUGCACUUCAGCUCCAGAAAGUCCAUGGUUUUCCCGCUUUGAUUUCCGAUGAUAGACUGCAGGAUGCCGUUGAUACUCUUAUUUCGAUGCAGAACAAGACUGGAGGUUUUACGGAAUAUGAAAAUACUCGAGGCUCUCCUUAUCUUGAGUGGCUCAAUGCUGCAGAAGUUUUUGGCGGCAUCAUGAUAGGAUACGAUUAUCCCGAAUGUACGACCGCUGUCUUUACAGCGCUCUCCUUCUUCGGCAAAUUCUUCCCAGAUUACCGCGCAGAAGAUAUCGAAAGAGUAAAACUCAAAGCAGUGGACUAUAUUCGCCGAUCACAGCGCGCUGACGGUAGCUGGUAUGGUAGCUGGGGAGUCUGUUUCACUUACGCCGCCAUGUUUGCUCUCGAAAGUCUUUCACUUGUUGGCGAAACGUACGAAAAUAGCGAGCGGGUCCGUCGCGGCUGUGAAUUUCUGGUGAACAAACAAAUGGACGACGGCGGCUGGGGAGAGUCGUACCUUAGUUCUGAGCGGAAAGUGUACACGCACUACAAAACAUCACAAGUUGUCCAGACUUCCUGGGCAUGCCUCGCUCUGAUGGAGGCGGACUUUCCAGACAAAGAAGUUCUCAAAAGGGCAAUGAAGCUGAUUAUGAAGAAACAAUCAAGAAAUGGGGAGUGGCCUCAAAACGGAAUUGAGGGCGUAUUUAAUCAGUCAUGCAUGAUAUCCUAUCCUAAUUACAAACUUUACUGGCCAGUACGGGCCUUAGGCCUAUAUGCGAGGAAAUUCGGCAACGAGGAAAUCCUGUAGCGUACCAUGGAAAGAUGCAACCAGGCAGGUCAUGUUGUUUGAUAGGGCCAGAUAUUAUUUCGGGUUGAAAUUAAAUCAUUUUAAUUGUGUAAUUUGUCGGUUCUGUUUAAGAAUAUGAUGCACAAUGGCUAUAUAUCACAUCAAUUAAUUUAAUAAUCCUUCUGUUGAAUUUUACUGGGGACUUCUCUUACAUACCAGAGGCUUCGCUGCACCUUAUCAUGUCUAUAUGAACACUCACUCAGCUAGCUUUUCAAUGAGUUCACUACUGUUUAAUCUUACUUCUUGCAUCUUCAUGCUAAAUAGCUUAAAGUUUCAUGGAGCUUGUCAAGCCAGAGAAAAUGCUCAACAUGUACCUUCACUUACCUCAUCACAUUGUGAGCGAGUGUCUCACUACAACAUUAUUAUCACCACAACAUUACUUUUGAUCAAGAAUGAAUAUAUUUGUAGCAUCAAUGUCUUGAUAUAUGAGAAUCACUCUCUUUAGAUAUGAUAAGAA